CGGAGACGCGGCUUGGCCAGCCAAUCACACCACAGGAUACGGGGAUUCCCUUUCUUUCCGUGCGGACGGGAUAGACGCGCACGUCAAACAACAGGUGAGGGAAAGAUAUGGCGUGGCGAGUAUGUCGACCUCGGCACAAUACUACCAAACAACGAGGGAGGUCACGAGGACGGUACGAUUACCAUGGCGUACGACUCCUCAGUAGGCACUCCGAGGUCCGCACAACCCAGGGGUUGCUGUCCUACAUGGAAACCAUACGGACGGCGGCGCUUCGAUUCGGGGGGAUGCCUGGUCAACCUACGACCAACAAUUCCGACACAGAAUGUCAAGGGACCCCUCACGACGCUGGGACAACAUCGACGGGGAGUUGUGGCUGAAGUACAUGGUAACACAGCCGGUACGACAACCAGAAUCAGGCGGACGGGGCGCAAUGACACGCGUACAGGGGGACAUCGCCAGUCAGGUAUGCUGGGAUUUCAAUAAAUUUGGCUGUAGCAGGGUUAACUGUAAGUACACUCACAAAUGCGGUAAGUGUGGCGAACAUUCCCAUAGCUCUAGGACCUGCUUUCGAGGGAAUGGGGUCCAACCGACCCCAUACAAGCCCAAUCCUAACAGAAAACAACCCCGCAAGGCAGGUAAAUUCAAUGGCCCCUUCCCCCGUGGACCUCAAUGAAAUGGCACCUUGGUUACGCCAAUAUGCUAGGGUCAAUUACAGAGAUGCAAAUUAUUUAUGGGUAGGUUUUAGCUUUGGCUUUAAGCUCGAGUUCCAGGGAAGCCGCACGGGUCGCCUGGCACGAAACUUGCGAUCAGCCACGCACCAAGACACGGCAGGCUACGUGAAACAAAAACUACAAAAGGAAGUCGACCUUGGCAGGAUGGCGGGCCCCUUCAAGGACACCCCCCUAGACAACCUCCAAGUAUCCCCAAUAGGCCUGGUGCCCAAGAAGCAGCCAGGGUAUGGUCAGCACCUGGGUAAGCAUGCGGAGGAAUUCCGUCUAAUCCACCAUCUAUCCUAUCCCAGGGGUAAAUCUAUAAAUGACUUCAUAGACACAGAGGCCUGCUCCCUUGUGUACGCCAGAUUUGAUGAAGCUACCCAUAUGGUUCAACAACUGGGAAAGGGAGCACUACUAACAAAAUUCGACAUUCAGUCGGCCUUUAGAAUUAUACCAGUCCACCCAUCCGAUUUCGAGCUGCUAGGCAUCAGAUUCGAAGGUGAGUUCUAUUUCGAUAAAUGCUUACCAUUUGGCUGCUCCAUAUCUUGCGCCAUAUUUGAAACGUUUAGUACCUUCUUGCAAUGGUGCAUGCAAUCCCAUCUUCCAACGCGUCCGAUCAUGCAUUACCUGGACGACUUCCUAACGGGGGGCACAGCAGGCACCAGCCACUGCUCAGACAACCUCAACGGAUGCGUGAAUACACUUGAACAGCUCGGGGUUCCUAUUGCGCACGACAAGACGGUGGGCCCCACAACCAAACUGACAUUCCUAGGGCUGGAAAUCGACACCAUUGCAAUGCAGAUCAGAAUCCCAGAGCCCAAGAUCAAGGAGGCAACAAGGGAAAUCCAUGACAUCCUGUCAACAGGUAACAUCAAGGUCACAAAAAGGGCCCUUCAGUCCCUCAUAGGCAAGCUUAACUUUAUGUGCAGGGCUAUACCAAUGGCAAGGGCAUUCAGCCGCAGGCUAAUCGAUCUGCUUAGCAAAGGUAAGCAACCAUUUCACCACAUUAGGAUUACCAGCUGGGUCAAGGAAGACCUACAAAUGUGGUUAACAUUUCUUACAGCGAUUUCCUCCAGCUGUUUUCAGACGCAGCGGGCGGCGCCGGCUUUUGGGCCUACAUGCAGGGCAAAUGGUUUAACGGCGCAUGGCCAACCCAGUGGGUGACGGAUGGAACUACACGGGACUUGACGCUCCUGGAGCUGUUCCCCAUCACACUGGCCAUCCAAAUCUGGGGCAAGCAACUCGCAAACAAAAAGGUCCUCUUUUACUGCGACAACCAAGCCGUCGUAACAAUAAUCAACAAGCAGUCAACCAAGGCC